UUUCUCACCAUGGCCAGCGGCGAUGUUGUUUUGGUUACCGGUGGUAGCGGUUUUAUUGGCCAACACAUUAUUAGAAAAUUACUAAAAGACAAAGUCGAACUGGGAAUAAAAGAAGUGCGCAGUGUUGAUUUAAAUUCCUUUAAAAAUACAAUUGAUGGUAUGCAUAAUGAAAAGCUUGAGAUUCGAACAUUUGUGGGAGAUUUAUGCGAACCCAGUUCUGUAGAGGAUGCAUUCAAAGGCGUUGAUACCGUUUUCCACUGUGCUGGUAUGAUGAGUUUGCAAUACCCUCCCAAAUACAACGAAUUGAAUCGUAAUAAUGUGGAAGCUACCCAAUCAGUUGUGGAUCUAUGCAUUAAAAACAAUAUCCAACGUUUAAUCUAUACCAGCUGUGGAUCUGUGUGCAUGGUUCCCUUUAAAGGCAGUUCCAGUACUGUUGUUAUAAAUCAAACUGAGUCAAAAGCUGCCACCCCGGUUUUUGAUCCCAAAAAACCCGAAGAAUUCGAUAAACAAUUUAUUAUCCGUGGCUAUUCGUCGUCGAAAUUGAGGGCCGAACAACUUGUUCUCAGUGCACAUGGAAAAACCUUAAGUAAUGGCAGCGGACAAUUGACCACAACUGCUAUUCGUCCACCAUUAACCUAUGGUGAGGGUGAUACAUUUUUCAUGCCAGACAUGUUGAGAUUCUUGAGCAGAAAUUCAUAUGUCUAUCCAAAGAUUGCUGGAGCCGGUGGUAAACAACAACUAUGUUAUGCUGGUAAUGUCGCCUGGGGCCAUAUGUGUGCAUACAAAUCAUUGAAGGAGGCGCCAAAAUCUGUUGGAGGCUUGCCUGUUUUCAUUACCGAUGACACCCCGCUCUAUGAUACCUCAAGAUUUAUUCAAAAAAUCGGUUUGGUCAGUGGAAAAUAUAAAGCUCGUCAUUCCGCAUGGUCUAUUCCUCAUUUCAUCUUCUAUUUCUUUGCAAUGCUAAUUGAAAUGUUCAUCAAUAUAUUGGAACCUGUCAAGAAGAUAACUCUCAAGUACUCCAUUCGUACGCUGAGUUCCUACGCAUCUUCGAUUAUAUUCUUCAAUCGCCUUAGGGCAUCGAUUCACAUGGACUAUGUGCCAUUGAUUGACGAGGAAACUUCAAUUGGUAACAGUGCCAAGUGGUAUGGCAAUUGGUGGGAAGAGAAUAUUGGUAAAGGCAAACAAAAUGGCGCAGGAAAGAGUAAACGAAAUUAA